AUGUUGCCAUCUGGAUUGAUAAUAAAGCGUGCCACGCAAUCCGUCACAAACCGUACAGCAAACGCCGCUUGCCUGCAACAAGCAACUGGUUCUCCCAUAGGUUCCGUCAAUCUCACCGGUAUCAGCAGUUCAGGAGCAAUCGGUGCCAAAGGUCGACGUCGCAGAGAUAUUCAAUGCGAUAAAACGGAUCGUUCAGGUACUGCUAUAGUCUUUGACAUCGUAUUGAACUGUCCACCCAAUUUACAAUGUAAAACGCUGUACAAUGAAAUGAAGCUUUUUCUCAGCAUCCAUGAAAAGUUCAAUAACGUAACCAACGUUAAUAUUAUAACGGAUGAUGGAAGCUAUAUACCUGUGGAACUUUGCCACGUUCAACCUUAUCCCAAUCUCAAUAGCUACAAUUAUGAUAAUAAAGAUGCUAAUGGUGUUAUCAUCGAACUACUAACAACAACUACUACAGCUACAGGAACAAUCACAACAGCUACAACUACAGAAAUAACCACAACGUCAACUACAACAACAACCACAACUACAACAGUAUCAACCACAACAACAACAACAACAACAACAACAUCAACCACAUCAACAACAACAUCAACCACAAUAACAACAUCAACCACAACAGCAACAACAACAACAUCAACCACAACAACAACAACACCAAUACCACGUAAGUAUUAUGCUAAACGAUUUGUAGUAACUCAAACGAUGAUUAAUAUAAGUGACGAUAUUUAA